AUGUGGGCGGGAUUUGCUCUACUGGCUCUAGCUACGGCCGUGUCUGCGGACUUCAUCGAUGCUAUGCAUCGGCAGCGCGCGCGCUCGCUGGCUAUAGACAACGUCAUGAGGGCGGAGGCACCCUCGCGCGGUGUUUACAAGCGCCAGGACGGAUCGUCCAUCUCUUUCGCUAACCCUGCCGCCGAGCAGUUCUUCGUGGACGGGACGAAGAUACCUGAUGUGCCAUUCGAUGCCGGACCCUCUUGGGCUGGUUUGAUGCCUAUAUCUGGCAAUUCGAACGAGACGCGCAAGCUCUUCUUUUGGUUCUGGCCUACCAAUAAUGCCUCCAACGCCGAUACGUUGACGUUCUGGACAAACGGUGGCCCUGGAUGCAGUUCUCUUGAGGGAUUCCUCCAGGAGAAUGGCCCUAUCUCGUGGUCGUGGGGUCAAUCAGCGCCCACCCUCAACCCAUGGUCUUGGACGAAUCUAUCGAACGUUGUCUGGGUGGAACAACCUGUUGGCACUGGCUUCAGUCAAGGGACCCCCGAUAUCUCCAAUGACGACGAACUUGCCGCCGAGGUCGCCGGAUUCUUGGAACAGUUCCUGGAGGUCUUCUCGGAGCUGAAAGGACUGGACUUCUACGUUACGGGCGAGAGCUAUGCUGGCUUCUACGUCCCUUACAUUGCCAACUACCUCUACGAGCACCCCGGCCAGGUCGAUCUCAACCUGAAGGGGAUUUCCAUCGCCGACCCUUCCCUCUCAUACGAUGUUGUCCAGCAAGAUAUACCUGCACUCCGCUUCGCUCAGGCUAACAAGAACGUCUUCCCGUUCAACUCGACCUUCAUGGCGCAGCUUCAGAACAUGUCCGAUGCUUGCGGCUUCACGGACUACUUGGACGACUUCGUGACUUACCCGCCGGCCGGUCAACUUCCUCUUCCUGUAGGCACGAACGGCACGUUCAACAGCCUCCCGAGUUGCCGCGUUUGGAGUCUCAUUGAGCGAACCAUCCCUUCGUUGAACCCGGCAUUUGACGUGUACCGCGUAACCGAGCAAUGGCCCGUUGCCUGGAGCGUCCUCGGCUUCCCACGCUCGACUCAGGAGUUCAUCUACUUCAACCGCACAGACGUACAAGACGCGAUUCAUGCCCCGCAUAUGACAUGGGACGACUGUGCCAACGGGAAUGUCUACAUCAACGCUACGACCGGACGUGGCGGUAGGGAUCAGAGUAUCCCGUCGACGCUUAGCGUGUUGCCGAAUGUCAUCGAGAAGAGCGAGCGUGUGAUCAUUGUGCACGGUCUUGCGGACUUCAUCCUUCUCGCUGAAGGAACGCGCAUCGCUAUCCAAAACAUGACCUGGGGUGGUCUGCAAGGCUUCCAGACGCCAAUUGAGAACGAGACGUUCAUCGUGCACGAUAAUGUCGCUGGUGUGCAUGGCGUAUAUGGUAAUAUGCACGAGGAGAGGAACCUCACCUACGUCGAGUUCUACUUCAGCGGCCACAUGACGCCUCAAUUCGUGCCAUGGGCUGCGUUCCAGACGUUCGCUUUUGUCAUCGGUAAGGCGCCCUCGCCCUCAGCCGAAUGA